AUGCUCAUUGACGAUGAUAGAGCCAUAAGUAUUGAAGCUGCUGAAGUUGUCAAAGAAAUAGCAUAUGCUGUUAAAUUUGUCGAAGUUUCCACAGUGCUUCCAUCGGAAUCUAAUCUUGUAUAUAUUAAUAUGACAACGAAGGAAAAUCAAGAUCUAUGUGUGGAACUUUCGUUGCAAGGAUUUAGGGUGGUUGGCACACAAUACAAUGAUGUGAAUCCUCAGAGCGAUUCUCGGCAUUAUGAAACUAUUUACAGUCUUCUAGACAGUCAAAGCUCUGAAUACCGGAGCACUUUUUGUGAGACUCUGUCACAUAAACUUUUAAACCUGCAGAGAAAUGUGGAUGAAGACACAUCAGAUGACCAGAUGGACACAAAAUGA